UCUCGUCAGUCACCUCUGUAGUUUCCGAGCGGAAACGUUCAAGCUGUUCAGACUGCUUCGGUCUAUAUUUACUUCUGUAUUUGGAACAUAAUUCUGUCUUUUAACUAGUUUCCCCAUUUCAUGUCAUAUUUCCGUUUCGUCAGGUAACGGUAGCUAGCUUGAUAAAUGAGCCUAUCACUAGUCUAGUCGCUAACUAGCUAGGUUAGCUGGCUAACAUCCCCGACCAUGAGCUCAGCAAGCUGCUGCCCUCCUGCUAAAAAAGAGGUCUGCUGGAAGGAGAAAGAAGGUAUUUGGCUGAACGUUGUCGUGAAAGAGGAGAAUGAAGAGGAGGAUGUCACAGUAAACGAAGAAGUCGAGGGUGAGGCUGUUACACAGAAAGAAGAGGAAGAAAACGAUUAUACUUUUUUUGGAGUGAAUGAAGGAGAGAUAACUGUCAUAUUGAAGGAGGAGGAGAGGGAAGAAGAGAAGGAGACAGAAGAUCUGAUUAACACCACUGGACCCCAGGAAGAGUAGCUGCUGCCUUGGCAGGAACUAAUGGGGAUCCACAAUAAACCCCAGGAAGAGGAGCUGCUGCCUUGGCAGGAACUAAUGGGGAUCCACAAUAAACCCCAGGAAGAGGAGCUGCUGCCUUGGCAGGAACUAAUGGGGAUCCACAAUAAACCCCAGGAAGAGUUGAUGCUGCCUUGGCAGGAUCUAAUGGGGAUCCAUAAUAAACCCCAGGAAGAGUAGCUGCUGCCUUGGCAGGAACUAAUGGGGAUCCAUAAUGUUUACAAAUACUUUUAUCAAUAUAUUUGUCUCUCUUUCCUCUCUGAUUUGAAAAUGCUAAUUAGCAUCAAAGUAGACAACAUGCAAGACUACAUCUCUGCAAGCUCCUGCAAUUCAUCUCGAGCCAACACCUUUCACAGAACAGUUCACAGAAUUGUCCAUUGAAAUAAAUUUUGACAAUUUAAUCAUUGCUACAUUCAGGCCUGAUUGGCGGAGUGCUACAGAGAUGGUUGUCCUUCUGGAAGGUUCUCCCAUCUCCACAGAGGAAAUCUGGAGCUCUGUCAGAGUGAACAUUGGGUUCUUGUUCACCUCCUUGAUCAAGGCCCUUCUCCCCCGAUUUCUCAGUUUGGCCGGGCGGCCAGCUCUAGAAAGAGUAUUGGUGGUUCCAAACUUAUUCCAUUGAAGAAUGAUGGCGGCCAUUGUGUUCAUGGGGACCGUUUGCUACAGACAUUUUUGGUACCUUUCCACAGAUCUGUGCCUCGACACAAUCCUGUCUCAGAACUCUACCGACAAUUCCUUUGACCUCAUGGCUUGGUUUUUGCUCUGACAUGCACUGUAAACUGUGGGACCUUAUAUAGACAGGUGUGUGCCUUUCCAAACCAUGUCUAAUUUAUUGAAUUUACCACAGGUGGACUCCAAUCAAGUUGUAGAAACAUCUCAAGGAUGAUCAAUGGAAGAAGGAUGUCUGAGCUCAUUUUCGAGUCUCAUAGCAAAGGGUCUGAAUACUUAAGUACAUACAUUUGCAAAAAAUUCAAAUCUGUUUUUGGUUUGUCAUUAUGGGGUUUUGUGUGUAGAUUGAUGAGGGGAAAAACAUACUCAAUUUUAUAAUGAGGCUGUAACGUAACUAAAUGUGGAAUAAGUGAAGGGGUCUGAAUACUUAAUGAAUACACUGUAUACCACUGGAAGAGGUUUCUAUCAUUGGCAGUUUUGUACACAGUCAGGUGAUACGUGGUAUAGAAAGUCCAAUCUUAGGAGAGAACAUGGGAGGCACUAUACUGUGUGUCUGCAGGUGUCUAUCUGGUCAAAACCACUGAUACAGGUGCCCCUCCACCCUCUGGUGGGAUGGAUCAUGUCUACAGAGAAACCUACAUUCAAAUACUUAGAUUUGUGAAAUUAUUAGAUAUUACUUGUUAGAUAUUACUGCACUGUCGGAGCUAGAAGCACAAGCAUUUUGCUACACCUGCAAUAACAUUUGCUAAACACGUGUAUGUGACCAAUAACAUGUGAUUUGAUUCUGAUUUGAAAUAAAUGUCCUAUUUAUCAAAGGUGCUUUUGGCUGGUGUCAAAAUGACUCCAAAGGAAUUGAAUUUGUUAAAAGUCCAUAUUGAUACAGAAACACUAAACCAUGAUUUAGAUUUAUUAAGAACAAGUUGAUUGACAAAGUCAUGAAAAAUUGGAAGAAUUGAAUAAACCACAUUUAGUCUGAUAAAAGAUAUGCCUCAGGUCAAAAUGAUCCAUGUCAGAACUAUGGUUCUAUGGUUCAAUUCAAUGUAGUGGGUCUAAAGUUUGUUCUAAAUUAUUAAAAACGAAUCAAUCAACACAUGCUUUUCUAUGAACGACUUAAUAUGAUAAUCAACUUUAAUUAAUUAAAAAAUAAACUUUUGGUUCCUCAACUGCGUUGCCACUCCAGUCAGCAGAUGGCGAUGUGCGUCUUUUAGGUUCAGGCGAUGCUGCCAGUGUGACGUAUAAUCUAGUGGACGGGACGCUGCUUCAACAACAACAGUUAGACACCUCGGUAGCUUAAUAGCAAACAUAGCUACAACAUUCACUCUCUUUAUACUGUUUUGGUGUAUAUUAGUCGCUGUGUACUAACCACACUUCUGUCUUAUGUACGUGUUGACCCAUUUAAUUAUAUAAUUACGUUGUUUGUCAGCUAGCUGGUUUGCUAAAUUAGCUUAGAAUGAGGCUAGUUGCUAAUGCUACCUAGCGAACAUCCCCGACCAUGAGUUCACUAAGCUGCUCUCCUCCUGCUAAAGAAGAGGAGGUCUUCUGGACGGAGAAAGAAGUUCUCCCGAAAGAGGAGGAGGAAGAGAAGGAUGUUUCAAUACAAAAUCAAGUAGAGGGUGAAGCUGUUACCGUGAAAGAAGAAGAGAAAGACGUUUCAGUGGAAGAAAAGGAAGACUCGUUCAGAUUGAAAGAGGAGGAGGCGGAGAUGACUGUCACAUCGGUAAAGGAGGAGGAGGAAGAAGAGGAAACUGGACAUCUGGGCCCGGUUUCCCCAACGCUUCUUAAGGCAUCCUGUGGUUCUAACGUUGAACUCAGCCAUAAGAUGGUUUUGAGAAACCGGGCCGUGAUUAACACUAACUUUGUUGUUCACACAGGAGAGAGACGUGACUAUCGUGGAUCCUCUGGGGAGCCUCAACAACAUCAUGAAGCUGACGAGGCAGAGAAGAGUCCCUCCCGAUCAGAACACCUCAAGAAACACCCGUGGAGACCAACAGGGAAGAAAUCUCACUGCUGCUCUAACUGUGGGAAGAGUUACUUAAGAUCAAAUUCACAAAAAGUACACAUGACAAUUCACACUGGAGAGAAACCUUAUAGCUGUGAUCAAUGUGGGAAGAGUUUUACUACAUCUCGCCAUCUGAUUGUACACCAGAGAACACACACAGGAGACAAAUCUUAUAGCUGUGAUCAAUGUGGGAAGAGUUUUACUCAGUCAAGCAGCCUGUUAUCUCACCAGAGAAAACACACAGGAGAGAAACCUUAUAGCUGUUAUCAAUGUGGGAAGAGUUUUACUCAGUCAAGCAACCUGGUAUCACACCAGAGAACACACACAGGAGAGAAACCUUAUAGUUGUGAACAAUGUGGGAAGAAUUUUACUUCAUCCAGCCAUCUGAUUGUACACCAGAGAACACACACACAGGAGAGAAACCUUAUAGAUGUGAACAAUGUGGGAAGAAUUUUACUACAUCCAGCCAUCUGAUUGUACACCAGAGAACACACACAGGAGAGACAUCUUAUAGCUGUGAACAAUGUGGGAAGAGAUACUCUGAUAAAAGAUCUCUGAUCAAACAUCAGAAAAUGCAUUAAUGAAGGAGUUGUUUCAUGAUAUCAAUGAAUUAAUGUCACAAUGUAGAAUGUUUAAACAUUGUAGUAGGAGUAUUUUAAUGAUGUCACAAUGUAGAAUGUUUUAACAUUGUAGUAGCAGUAUUUUAAUGAUGUCACAAUGUAGAAUGUUUAAACAUUGUAGUAGCAGUAUUUUAAUGAUGUCACAAUGUAGAACACUAAACGUUUGCCCCCUGUUCAAUUGAUUUCUGCAUGAUAUGGAUAUUAGCCUCAGGGGGAAAAUCCAGGCUCUGAAUUGAAAGAGUGCUAUUUAUAUGAUAUAACAGAAAGUGACUAACACAAAAAGAGCUGUGUUACACUUACAGCAUUGGUGACCCACUUGAAUCAAAAUGUAGCUAGAUGUUUUCUACCAGUUGUCCUCCAACCAUUGAUGUACACAUUAUUCCCAGAUUCCAUGUGGUUUUUGAGCUGUUAGUUUUAACAGGACAAACUCAUCUCCCCCUUUCACACAAAUGAUUUCAACAUGAUAUCGAUGAGUGAUGAAAAAUGAGUGUUGCGUUCCUUUGUUUAACGACCUCUAAAUUUAAAUGCAUCUCUCCAAAAUGUAGCUGACUGUCUUCUGCAGGUUGUCCUCUAACCAGGGAGGUAAAAUAUAUCUCCUAUUUCCAUGUGUUUUUUUAGUUGUGUUAGUUUCAACAGCACCAACAACCUGAUUUCCCCCCUAAUUGAUAUCAGUGAUUUAUUGCUUCUUGUCAAAACAACAGUGUUUCUGGUGUUCAUGCAUUUUAAAAGGUGCUUGUUUAAAAAAAUACAAGUAAUCUGAUUGUUGUUGCAGAUGUUUGUGCAGAUACUACAUUUUAUGUUUAGGUUUUCAAUAUCACAAAUGGUUUCUGCAUAUUGGUUAUUCAUUUGGACCCAUUAAAGCUGUGUUUUGACAUUGGGCUGUACCACCUAGCAAAAUGUCAUUGAAAAGACGUUGAAAAGAAGAUUAUACCCAACGUCCAAUAUACGUUUGGUUUUAGUUGAAGGUUUUAAAUAUUUAUUUUCAGGUUGUUGUUAAUAAUGACUUGAAAACAACUUAA